CGCGACGGGAAACAGUCCGGCUGCGCGCGGUGGAGACACACGGGCUCGCUGUAGAGCGCGCGCGAGUUUAUUCAUUUAAUUAAUAAAAGGAAACACACAACAGCUUUCUUCAAUAUUGACGCAUUCCUCAUUAAAGACUGAGCCAUGGCCCAGGAGACCAACCAGAGCCCCGUGCCCAUGCUCUGCACCACUGGCUGUGGGUUCUAUGGGAACCCCAGGACUAAUGGCAUGUGUUCAGUGUGUUAUAAAGAACACCUCUCCAGACAGAACAGUGGUGGUGUGAGUCCUCUCAGCAACAUGGGUUCUAGCAGUGUAACCAGUAGUCCCACAUCGGAGGCGUCUGCGAUCCAUAUCAUUGAGGCCAGUUUAAACAAUUCUGUGAGCGAAGCAGAGUCGCCCAGCGGGAGCGCUGCAUCACUUCCUGUUACACAGCAGAUGACUGAGAUGAGCCUUUCUUGUGAAGAGGAAGUGGCAGUGCCUAAAGUAGAACUUCCUGAACCUGUUGUAACUCAGCCCACAGCUGCUUCUUCCUCUUCGGUGAACACUGCUGUCAGUGCUGAGACCAAAACCCCUGAUGCCCCCAAACCCAAGAAAAACAGAUGCUUCAUGUGCCGUAAGAAGGUUGGCCUUACAGGGUUUGACUGUCGCUGUGGAAACCUCUUCUGUGGACUUCACCGUUACUCAGACAAGCACAACUGCCCCUAUGACUACAAAGCCGAGGCCGCGGCUAAGAUCCGCAAAGAGAACCCUGUGGUGGUGGCUGACAAGAUCCAGAGAAUAUAGAUCACUGCUCUUCUCUUUGGCUUUGACCCUCAUUUCCAGGAGAGAUGUGAUUGUUUUAAAAAAAAAAAAAAGGACUCGCACUUGACCUGCGAUCUAAAGGACUAUUUUUAUUUUUAAUGACCUUGAUCUUGUUUUUCAGCUGAUGCAUGAGUGGAGGUGGUCUGGGUUUUUGUCUUUGGUGUAUGAUUGAGUUAGAAAGCAGGGGGUGGGGAUUAAAUCGCAUCUCGGGGGUGGGGUGUUGUGUUAAAGGCAGUCUGUCUUGUGUCUUCGUGUGGAGGAUGGACUGUGGGACUUCACACGACUGUUACGGCUCUGACUCGAGUGCAUGGCUGGCUCAUGUAGCACAACACAAUGGACACCCUGACCUUUCUUCCUCCUCCUAGUUUAGAGUUCACUUCCCCUCAUGGCAUGACUCCCAAAACUCUAGCGGUAGCCUUCACAGCAUUAGUGUGGUUUAUUCACCCAUGCCUUGGCCUGUCCUUCCCUUAUUUAUUAUUUCCUUCCCCUUGAUUAGUUUUAGUGAAGCACAGACAGAUUUAAAUGUGAGUUUUGUGUUCAGACCCUCACCGGGGUUGUAGUUGGAGGCAGGGUUAAAGGGUGAUCUGCAUGGCUAGUGAAAUGACUACUAAAGUACAUUAGGAUUUUAACAGCUACAUGCUCAUAGGCCUUGGGUUUAAGUUGAUAAUUAAUCUGUACUGAAUGUUGCUUUGAUUGUGAGAGACAUGGUGCUGAGUCAUGCAGUGUUCCCAGUGUGGUGUGAAGGGAUGUGUGUGUAUUGGCAUUUGUUCUGCGGUUUGUACAAGUGAACCCCUUAUAUUUAUUAUGUAUUGCGUAUCUAAUCUUGUUACCCAACAUUACAAAACUAUCAUGUAAAUAAAAUUAUGUACAGAGGUCUAAGAA